AUGCCAUCCAGAGUGUGCUGCUGCUGUUCGGCUUUGCGUCCUCGUUACAAACGCCUGGUGGACAACAUAUUCCCGGAAGAUCCAAAAGAUGGCCUCGUUAAAGCGGACAUGGAGAAAUUGACAUUCUAUGCAGUAUCUGCUCCUGAGAAACUGGAUCGAAUUGGUACUUACCUGGCAGAAAGGUUGAGCAGGGAUGUUGUGAGGCAUCGUUCUGGGUACGUCUUGAUUGCCAUGGAGGCUCUGGACCAACUGCUCAUGGCUUGUCAUUCUCAGAGCAUCAAGCCUUUUGUGGAGAGCUUCCUUCACAUGGUGGCAAAGCUGCUGGAGUCGGGGGAGCCAACACUUCAAGUUCUCGGGACAAAUUCUUUUGUCAAAUUUGCAAAUAUCGAAGAAGACACACCUUCCUAUCACAGGCGUUACGAUUUUUUUGUGUCCCGAUUCAGUGCCAUGUGCCAUUCCUGCCAUAGUGACCCAGAAACACGAACAGAUAUCCGAAUUGCUGGAAUAAGAGGUAUUCAAGGAGUGGUUCGCAAAACAGUUAAUGAUGAACUUCAGGCCACAAUUUGGGAACCCCAGCAUAUGGAUAAGAUUGUCCCGUCCCUGCUGUUUAACAUGCAAAAGACAGAAGAGGUGGACAGUCGACUAGGGCCUCCUUCUUCUCCUUCCACAGCCGACAAGGAAGAGAACCCCGCUGUGCUGGCAGAAAACUGCUUCCGAGAACUGCUGGGUCGUGCAACUUUUGGGAACAUGAACAAUGCUGUUAAACCUGUCUUUGCGCAUUUAGAUCAUCACAAACUAUGGGAUCCCAAUGAAUUUGCAGUUCACUGCUUUAAGAUCAUAAUGUAUUCCAUCCAGGCUCAGUAUUCUCACCACGUGAUCCAGGAGAUUCUAGGACACCUUGAUGUUCGUAGAAAAGAGUCUCCGCGAGUUCGAGCAGGCAUCAUUCAGGUUCUACUGGAGGCUGUUGCCAUCGCUGCUAAAGGCUCCAUAGGCCCCACAGUGCUAGAAGUCUUCAACACCUUACUGAAGCACUUGCGUCUCAGUGUGGAACUUGAAGCCGGUGAUGCGCAGGGAUGCUCCGUCAGCAGCACCAGCUCAACCCCGGGGUUCAAAGACAGCGAUGAGAAGAUUGUGCAGAAUGCAAUCAUCCAAACCAUAGGAUUUUUUGGAAGUAACCUACCAGACUACCAGAGGUCAGAAAUCAUGAUGUUCAUUAUGGGGAAAGUACCCGUUUUUGGAACAACCAACCACGCUUUGGAUAUUAGUCAACUAGGGGACCUGGGAACCAGACGAAUUCAAAUCAUGUUGUUGCGGUCUUUACUUAUGGUUACCUCUGGAUACAAAGCCAAGACCAUCGUCACCGCGCUGCCUGCAUCCUUUCUGGAACCCUUGCUGUCCCCGUCUCUCAUGGAGGACUACGAACUGAGGCAGCUGGUCUUGGAGGUCGUGCACAACCUCAUGGAUCGCCAUGAUAAUAGGGCAAAGCUUCGUGGGAUCAGAAUAAUACCCGAUGUAGCUGACCUAAAGAUAAAAAGAGAAAAAAUUUGUAGACAAGACACAAGCUUUAUGAAAAAGCACGGGCAACAACUCUACCGGCAUGUCUAUUUAGGCUGUAAAGAGGAAGACAAUGUUCAGAAAAACUACGAGCUACUGUAUACUUCUCUUGCUCUCAUAACUAUUGAACUGGCCAAUGAAGAAGUGGUUAUUGAUCUCAUUCGCUUAGCCAUUGCUUUACAGGACAGUGUGACCAUCAACGAGGACAAUUUGCCGAUGUUCCAUCGCUGUGGGAUCAUGGCGCUAGUUGCAGCAUACCUCAACUUCGUCAGUCAGAUGAUAGCUGUCCCUGCGUUUUGCCAGCAUGUCAGCAAGGUUAUUGAAAUUCGAACUAUGGAAGCCCCUUAUUUUCUACCAGAGCAUAUUUUCAGAGAUAAGUGCACGCUUCCAAAGUCUUUAGAGAAGCAUGACAAAAGUUUGUAUUUUCUGAGCAAUAUGAUUGCGGAGUCCCUGGGUGGAAGCGGAUACAGUGUCGAGAGGUUGUCCGUUCCUUAUGUACCACAAGUAAAAGAUGAAGAUCGGCUUUCUAGAAGAAAAAGUAUUGUGGACACUGUAUCCAUCCAGGUGGAUAUUUUACCCAACAGCUCUCAUUCAGAUGAUGUGGUUAGUAACACUGAAGAAAUCACCUUUGAAGCACUGAAGAAAGCAAUUGAUACCAGCGGAAUGGAAGAACAGGAAAAGGAAAAGAGGCGUCUUGUAAUAGAGAAAUUCCAGAAGGCACCUUUUGAAGAAAUUGCAGCACAAUGUGAAUCCAAAGCAAAUUUGCUCCAUGAUAGACUGGCUCAAAUAUUGGAGCUCACCAUACGCCCUCCUCCAAGUCCAUCAGGAACACUGACCAUUACUUCGGGGCAUGCCCAGUACCAGUCGGUCCCUGUCUACGAGAUGAAGUUUCCAGAUCUGUGUGUGUACUGA